AUGGUAGCAAAAGCAAACAAGAAUUGGAUACUUGAAUUGGGCAAAAGACCCGAUGCCAUGUCAAUCAUUGAUCCACCAUUAACUUUAGCCAAUGAUCGGUUGUUAAGUUCGUUAUUAUGUAUGACAUUAGGCGAAACGAUAGGGAAACAUUUUAAUUAUCAACCAGAACCAUAUCUUGUCGAAGUUCUGGAGAAAGAGAUGCGUUGUAAUCGUCUAUCUGGAUUAAGUUUAAGUUGGACAAAUGAUGUAUCUCUUACACUUUGCAUGUUGAUCAGUUUAAUUUAUGAACGUGGUUUAAAUCUUUAUCACGUCUAUCGGAUGUAUAAAAAUUGGUGGAUGAACGGUUUCAUGUCAUCGGUAGGUCUCGCUUAUUCACCACCAUUACCACUCAAAUACAAACUCGAACAAUUCUCUAUACAAUUGGAGAUUGGUAAGGGCGAAGAAAAUAUGACGGAUCCACAACAUGGAAGAGAUGUGCCAAUAGCCAUACUUUUACGUCUAUCGCCAUUGGCCUAUUUCUACUACCGUUCAAUAAAUGAUGCUCGCUUAUACACCGACAAAUGUGUGAAAAUCAUAUACACUGACGACAAUGAUGUGAGAGAUGCAUGUCAAAAGUAUAUUGAAUUAUUGUGUCUAGCAUUACAAGGAAAGUCUAAAAAUGACUUAUUAUGCAUACUUCAAGUAGAAAAUAAACAACAGGACACGUCUGAGAUUUUACGAGCAUUAGAAAAUGUUCUUUGGCUUCUAAAAAAUGAUGAAAACUCAUUUGAAUAUGGUGUAAGAAAAGCAGUACAAAAAUUUAAUAAUGAUUCUGAGACUAACGAAAAAUGGUCAAAUCCAUGUUACCCAUCGAAUAUUACCUUGUUACUCUACAUGCAAAUAGCUGGCGCUCUAUAUAAAAUCGAUGAAGUGCCUCAAAUGUGGUUGAAUGAUAUUUAUGCUAAAGACUUGUUAACUUGUCUCGCUAAAUGGGUCAGUUAUGAAGGUGAACAAUGGUGUAACGAACAUGGUCAGUCAUCCACUACUCACGAAACUUAA